AUGGGCCUGGACGACCUGAGUGUGUCUGCGGGCCGCGCGGCCGAGCGCGUCGUGGACGCCAAGGCCGUCGCGGAGCCCGCGUCGCCCGCGCGCGCCGCGCCCGUCGAGUCCGAGGCCGCCGCGCUGCGCCGGCGCACCUCCAUCCCGAGCACCUUCUCGUUCGGCGGCGUCGACCACGCCAUCCCGGCCGCCGACGUGGGCCAGCGCCGCUGGCGUAGCUUCGACGCCGCCGUGGCCGCCGACUCGGCCGCGUCCUCGGCGCUCGAGCAGCUCACGCGCCGCAUCCAGCAGGAAAGCCAGCACGUGCUCAAGCGCAAGGCCCGCCUGUCCAAGCGCCGCGAGCUCCUGCGCAGCGUCAAGGGCUGGCUCAGCUCCAGCCGCCGCGACCAGGUCGCGCUGCUGCAGAUGCAGCUCGUGGCCGAGGUGGCCACGAGCAACCGCUCGCUGGCCGUGCUCGGGGACAUGCGUACACUGCUAGAAAUGGACGAGGCCGACGAGCUACCGGCGGGCCGCCACCGUGGCAGCUUCGCCGCCAGCCAGACGCUUCUGGACGGCAUCGAGCAGUCGGACCGCGCCCUGGCUGAAGACUGGCUUCGACAGGUUCUCCAGCUACAGUCCAAGUACCUGGGCAAGCUCAUCGAGCUGCACGGUCAGAAGGCGCUCGAGCCUAACGGCCUGACGCUGCCGCAGCUGCUGGCCAAGUCGCACUGCGUCGUGUCGGCCGCCGACGAGCCGUCGCCCGCGCUCGUCAAGUUCGAGAAGCUGCUGAGUCGCCAGAAGCUGCUCAAGCCCGAGCUCAAGAAAGCGCUGGACAAGCUCUGCCUGGACACCAUGCGCUUCUUCACGCGAGUCAGCAGCCAGCCCGGCCCCAAGACGCCGUUCGACGACAGAGAGCCGCGCGACGUCAUGCAGUCGCUCAUCCAGGAGAUCGAGAACGCCGUGGCCAACGAGGCCCACCUGGAGGCCAAGCUGCGCCCCGCGCUCCGCAUGUUCGUGGAGCACAUGGUCUUCAGCCGCCUGGCCUGCGCCUGCUACCGCGGCACGGCCGCCGACCUCGACGAGCUCAACGCCUCGUGGCGCGAGCAGGCCGCCAAGAUGCGUGAGCUGACCCUCGAGGAGGUCGGCCUGCCCGUGGAGAUUCCCGAUGAGGCCAAGCAGCAGGAGAUCUUUAGCGAGUCCAUUGCGGCGUUUAACAAGAUGCCUCACCUGGUCCCGUCCAGCGUGCUCGCGGCCUUCAUGCGUGCUGUGUGCACACUGUACCGGGAGGCCAAGGACGGACUUGGCCUCGACAGCAGCUGCAUCUCGGCCGACGUGCUGCUGCCGCUGCUGGUGUACAUCCUCAGCCGCUGCGACCUGCCGCACCUGCACUCGCAGGUGUACCUCAUGGAGCAGUACGCGAUCGAAGAGUCCCAGGACGGAUCGGAGGCCGCCUACUACCUGGCGUGUCUGCAGGCGGCCAUGGGCUACAUCAUGGGCAACGGUGCCGCCGAUGACACCGAGUCCCAGUAA